GUGGCUGCCACAGCUGUCAGUUUGUGUUCGAACUCCCGUCAGCGUGGAUGCGAAUUUUGGGCGGAUGUGAAAUCGCGUUUGCUUUCCACCGUGAGGAUUAAUAAGAUCUGGAUGAAACUGUGAGUGGUGGAUUUUUCUUAUGGUUCAAUCCGCGACCUGUUCCGCGAGGUGGACGACACAAGUGUAAAGCGAAAAGGGGGCUGCGGCUUGUGAACCUGUCCCGAGAGAGUUUCUUCUAUGCGAGGUGUAAAAAAGUAAUUGAAAAUUAAAGAGGGCCUCCUUGACUGCCCGAAGAGUUGCGGAACGAAAAGAAGGUUGUGUUCGCUCGGGCGAACUGAAGUGUGUGAAUCUUACGUUUUUUCCGACCUGCGGCUAUGGGAAAGGCCUACGGAAAGGGGGGUCGUUCUCUCGCGAAUGAAAAUUUAUUUUGAUAGAAGGUGAGCUCAAGUGGAAAAGCUUCGGUCUUUCGUGGUUGUGGCUUGUUGUGGAAAGCGCCAACAACGAGAAAGUGUAAGCGAUGAGUGUUUAUUCGAGAAGCAAAGAGCAGGCGAAGCUUGAAACAAAAGACUUAUGAAUUUGCCGAAAGCCAGUGAAACACAAAUAGGUUACGUAAAUACAUAAUCAAACCAAUUUACAUUCAACCAAACGGAAGUCUUAUCAGGAGGCGAAAAUUGUGGAAAACCUCCGGUCCAACCAACCCCACCUUGGAAAAGAGCGAGAGAGAAACGGAAAAUAAUAUUACAAUAAGGAUUAAGUGAUUAGGAAAAGUGCUUUCACUUACCCUGUUGUUCGGGGUAUGUUAUACGUCGGUGUCGGUGGUCCAUUGAAAUCAACCACCUCCGGAGAAAAGAAGGCUCAAUUUCUAUCCCCUACAGGAAAAUCUUGUGUGGUAAUCCUCUGAGCCGAGAAAAAGGAGCUUUUGACCGUUUCGAGUGUGCUGCUAUCAGAAUUUAUUAAUGUUUACAGUUUACUCAAUCCUCUUUUAAUAGUUUCAAGAGCCAUAAGCUUGUGCUUUGACAACCCUCAGCCCUGAAUUGUGCAAUAUUUAUUUAAAGCAGGAAAUAAACUUACCGAAAAAAGCCGACUCAAAUCGUAAUCGAAAAGAAAAAAGAAAACCAAGUUUCAAACGGCUUCUAUCAUCUCCUCGGUGAUUCAAAGUGAAAGAAGAAUUUCCGUGAGGAUUUUUAGUUUUUUCUCGGGGCAAACCAACCAAACCGAGAGAAAACAACGACAGAACGGAAAGACAGUCUAACGGCCGUGUGGAGUAGCAGAUUUUCCGGGAAUCAGCUUUGCCAGUUCAAGUGGAAAGGUCAUCGGCCGGAAGCGUGACCCUUCUGGUUCAUCGUCACUGCUCCUGUGCUGAAGUGCACUGCCAAGACUUCGUUUGCUACAUGUGAAAGUUGCAUCACGCCUAACCGCAGCCACACCUCCAUCAAUCUGACAACCUCCUCCUAGACUCCCCUUUGGAAGUGGUAGCAUGCGUCGCGUCAGCCGGUGGCUUCUUGCUACCACUCCCCAGGACUAUGCUCAUUGAGUGGAAGGCGCAGCAGUGGCGAAAAUAAUGAUGAAAAAUUUAUGGAAAAACUGUUUCAAGCGGAAAGUGUCGAGCAGUCUUUAUGAAUAAUUUCGUUGUUAGCGCGGUCGAGAACUCGUUCCUUCGUUUGUUCGUUCGGUCGUUCGGUUGUUCGGUCGAUGCGUGGUUUUUCGACUUUUGACGACGGGAAACACAACGACGGCCCCAAAAGUCGGGAAAAUAAUUUGAACGGUGCGGGUAAGCGUGGAAAAAAGUUCAAUUUUAUCCGCAUGUGCAUAACUGUGUUUUUGUGUGGGGAAGAGAUCCGAUAUAUGCUCCGGUAAGGUUGCUGGACAAACCGACGUUAUGAUUUCAUCAGCUUAGUAGUAUUUCCUGCGUGAUUGAUUUGUGGAUUUUUGUGAAGCGGAUUUCAUCGUGAUCGAACAGAUUGGCAAGCCGCAACAGAACUGCAACACCCCCGUCUGCCGCGAAUUGAUCUGCUGUGCACCGAGAGUAAUGAAGAUUUGAAACAAGAGUGCAAUUUGGCUUCAUUUUGCCUCCUAACAUCAGCAACAGAAGCAUUCCGCUGUGGUGGGGUAAAAAGUGAACAAAUCGAUUUCCAAUAUAGCGAGAGAGAGUGUGCUUUGCCGCAUAAAACAACGGAUUUACUUUUUUCCGGCACUGAGGGGUCGGUCGGUCGGGGCAAGGAGUCGGGAGAGUGUGUUGAAAGCUUCCUGUGAACAAAAAGCACAGAUAGAAACAAAUCACGGCCAUUUGUCAGAGUUUUCCCGUCCGUGGUUUUGCAGAGGGUGGCCGAGGAAGAGGGCUGUAAAAAAAGCUAGCGAAGCGGCAAAUUGCAAAAAAGCAUCAACUGCCGACCCGAGUAUCGUCCGAGCUAAGGCGCAAACAUUUCCGUGAUUCGUUUCUCCGUUUGUAUCGACAUGAACAAAAAUCCAUAUCGCAUACCCCUAGUUUAAGCGCGGUUUGGCGAGAGUGUUUCGAGUGAAGUAUCAAAAUAAAUACGAGGUCAUAAAUUUCGACACAAAAACUGGAAAGUUCGGUGGCAAAAAGCAGCAGCAGCAGCAGCGUGGAACGAGAAGCAACUUUCAAGAAGCAAAAUUGUGAAUUAUCGAUUUCGAUAAACAAAUCAUAACCGCGUUAGAAUGAGACUAGAUCGGCUAGGAAAUAUGGAAAUUUACGGCGGCGGAAGUGGGAGGGAGGGAGAAGCUGUACCAUCCGGCCAUGCUCAGGAUCAGUGUUGGCCCGGAUGUAGAACAAACCCACAGAGCUCGAAUGGGGUCAACCACAAUAGUAACUACCACUGCACCGCCGUUCGUAAUGUAGUGGGUGGUGAUGCUGAUGAUGGCGAUGACCAUUAUGGUGGUGGUGGCGACCUUUAUGAUGACGGAAGUAGCCGGAGUCCAUUGGUCACAGCAGCAGCAGCUCGGUCCUAUUUGCUGCCCAGUAGUGACUCCUCCCCUACCACCAGAACCACCACCAAUACCACCAUCAACAGUAGGAGUAGACACAGUUGCAGUAGAAAAAUAGGAUCCCAUCUGCGUUUGCUGACAUUUAUCGCUCUGGUGCUGCUGACACAAUUGACUGUAAAUAUUAGUAUAGGUGAAGCAGCCAGCCAGAUACUGAACAAAGCGGAACCCCUCUUCAUCACCCGGUCGGAAGCGUUCAAGUUUGCCGUCGGCGAUACCAUUGCCCUGCCCUGCGAAGUGUCCUCCCCUGGUUCGUACAUGUUGGCAUGGAAGCGGGGCAUUGCAAUUCUGACGGCCGGAUCGACCAAAGUGACGCCGGAUCCGAGGGUGCGACUGGUGAAUGGUUACACGCUGCAAAUACUGGAUGCCUCCCAGCAGGAUGCCGGCGAUUAUAUCUGCCAGAUGGCGACCAUGAAUCCCCGGGAGAUAACGCACCAUGUGGAGAUUCUCGUGCCACCCAAGAUUACGCACGUGACGUCCGGCGGGCAUCUGCAGGUGCGGAAAGGAUCCCCGGUUCGGUUGGAGUGCUCGGCUACCGGAAAUCCGAUGCCGAACAUUACCUGGACCCGGAAGAACAACGUGCUGGAGAAUGGAGAAGCGCAGUACACAUCGUCGGUGUACACGAUCGAGAACAUGGACCGGCACAAGGGUGGAACCUACAUCUGCACGGCUAACAACGGAGUCGGCCAGGUGGCAACCAGUCAGAUCAUACUGCAUGUGCUGUAUCCCCCCGAGAUAGCCGUGGAAAAUCCAAUUGUGUACUCUGGAGAAGGCCAGGAAGCCAUGCUGGUGUGCAUCGUGCACGGGGAGUCCCAACCGGAAGUUGUGUGGCACAAGGACACCAUGCAGAUCGACCAAACCGAACGGCACGUGAUAGAAAGCCGCGGUGCCCGUCAUACACUCAUCAUCCGGAAGGUUCAUCCACAAGAUUUCGGCAACUACAGCUGUAUCGCAGACAAUCAACUAGGUAAAACUCGGAAAACCGUCACUCUGACAGGGAAACCGAAAGCGGCUGUGUUCCGGUCAAUGCCCAACAGUCAGUGGAAGGAUCGGUACAAUAUCUCGUGGGUCGUAGAUUCCCAUUCACCGAUUGAGGAGUUCAAACUGUACUACCGACUGGUCGACGGAGACAUCCUCCAAACGCACGAUGGCAUCUACGUGGACGAACGGAAGUCCCAUCAUCCGUACGUACCCGGAAAUAUGCUGGACUACGACCGGAAGAUAACCUCGUUCGAGCCGUAUUCGUACAACAACGCGUACAACGGGCACGGAAUGCACCGGGGAACCAGGUGGUCCAAGACGGAUUGGCGGGACGUGGUGCUACCGGCGUUUCCCUACUCACAUCACUACACCCAGGGCAUGAGCUAUCUGCUGCGAGGACUGGAUCCGGACCAGCAGUACGAAGCCCGAGUGCAAUCGAGGAAUCGCUACGGAUGGAGUGAUUUCUCUGACAGCUUUCUGUUCACAACGUCAAACACAGAUACCGAAAUCCGCGACCUGAGCGUAACGCACCGAGGAGGCUCCAACGGUGGUGCACGUCUUCAGCCCAACGCCAUCCUGAGCUGGAUUAUCCCGCUCGCUUUGGUGAUGUCCGUAGUCAGCAACCUACGAAUAAGUAGAACCCUUAUCAGCAGAAGCCGCAGCAGCUUUUGAAGGUGAUUGUUAGCAUCGUAAGAAAAUUCAGAAAAACCAAAAACUAAACACACUUUUAGAUUAGCUACAAUCAGAUCACAUCCAGCAUUCCCAGAACACGAGGAAAAAAUAUGCACACAAACUCACUCAAUCACACACAGGCGGAAAACCUUUAAUGAGGGGGGGGCUAUAUGAUGAAAACGGAAUGAUAUCAAUCGGUGUUGCAAGAGAGGUAGACGAAGAAGCGCGACGUGAAUGAAAAUGUUUUUGUUUGACAUAAUUACGUUACCCAGGUUGGAUUGUGCGCGGUUAAUUCAAUUAGUGUAUAUUCGUGUUCCGAUUCCGAUUGGUGGGACAUCUGUUUCCGGUUCAACGUGUUGCGUGGCACCCCUUUCGUUGUCGAAAUGAGGGGUGAUUAAGUUUUAAUUUGAUUCACCAAGAGGAGUUAUUUAUUUUUGCAAAAAAACGAAAAAGGAAAUUGAAAAAAUAACCGGAAAUUGUCUAGUGAAGCAUGCAAACAUAUUUACACCGCCAAAAUAGAGUCAAGCCGAUUAUUUUAAUAUGUUUUAAACAUGUACUUUAAUCUUCAUUAAAUGGAAACCCCCGUUUAAGAGCUCGCCGGCAAGAACGUUUAUUUCGUUUUCCUACAAUUAUUCUCCCAAACCAAUUCAAUGAAAAAAGCAACACACACAGAAAAAAGAAGCAUCCAAGAAGACUAUUUUUGAUAUGAACGCAAACAAAAAUAUUAAUUUAAAGAAAAACAAGAGAAGCAAAAUGACAGAGAGAUAUAAAUAAAUAAUGGAACGGUGAAGCGAUAAGCGGAGCGAUAAAGUUAA